AAUUUCAAAGUUGCCGCGUCGGUGAGUCGGCCGGUGGCCCAUGCGCAGCUCGAUCCGUUAUUGGGCGGCGCACGUCGCGGUUAAGGGUGGCGCGUGUGCGCAGUGUCGGGUGACGGCGAGCGUGAGUAGGACGUGGGCUGUCGUGCGUCGCUGCAGAGGGCCGAGAGAGCGUGUCUCCUGCGGUACACAGCUGUGUCAGGGACCGUCAAGAUGUAAGCCGUCGGGGGCGGAAGACGCGUUCCACGGUUAGUCGCUGGCCCAGGCCGAGAGAACGUGACGAAGAAGAAGGGAACUGGCGAAGAAGCAAGGUGGCGACGGCCAACGAAAGGGGGAGGAUCAAACUGGGCCGAUCGGGCAGAGAGGAUGGAGUAGCGGGAACCCCGGGAUCGAUUGCUUCCCGAUAGUUGGCAUGGAGGACACGACACUGGGCACCAUCGAGGGCUGAGCUAUCGAAAAAUAUGGCGUCAGGAUUACCGAGCGCUCGUCAGAGGAAGCUUGGACCAGCGCCGAUAGCAUCCUUCGAAGACCUGUCCGACGAGGUGGAAAACGGGGAACCGGCCGCGCGAAUGCCAGGCAUCGUCGAGGUCACCACACCGGCAACGCCUGGCAGUUCGCUAAAGACACCCAGCACACCGAGAAUAGACAUCAGCCGGGCCAGCAGUUCCUCUCAUCAUGAGGACAGUAACUCCAGGGACUCGACGCCGGAGAGGGAGCUCCUCGCAGGCGGAGAACCUCCAGCUGGGUGCAAAUUGACUCUGGGUUACAAAGAGGACGCUCAGGAUCUGAGAUCGUCAACGGAAGAGCUAGACUUGCAAGAUCCCAUCCACGAGCAAGAUCUCAGAAGAGAGUCGAAGAAGCUGGCCAAGAGACGAAAGGAGGAUGGCUCGCUGUCGGACUACAGUGGCAAGCAGUUGGACAGAGAGCGGAAGGACAGCAACUGUUCCGAGAUCGUCCUGCUGAACAUCAGUGGCAGGACGUCGAGACUGUCGUCGGUGGGUAGCCAAGGUUCUGGAGCCUCUGGGAAACUCUCCGUCGUUUCGGCUACUUCGUCCAGGUCGCCGAGUCCGCACAAAUGUUUACUGGAGACGUCGUUCUGCGGGAGCAAGCCAACCCUGGCUGACAACCUGAUCGAGCCGUCGAAGCCAGAGACUGACGACCUGGAGAAGAUUCUGCUGAAGCGGGAAGCGGACACCACCAAAGCCCUGAUUCCAGAGAGCAUAAAAGUCUCCAUGGUCGACGGAAAUCUGAAACCUGAUCCCCUGGACAAGCCGCGGAGGCGUGGUCGCGAGGAGAGGAAGGAAAUUUUCAAGAGAGAGGUGGAGAUCACGAAGAGAUUCUUGGAGAAGGUUAACAUAGAGGUACCUAUUCUGAGGAAGCCAGUGGACGCGCAAAGUUCAGCGACGACGCCGGAAGAACGGGUCAGAUCUCUGACACAAGAGGUUCAGAAGCCGGCGAGUCUGGACUUCAACGACAAGAGAAAGAAGACGCAGAAUUUCAAAGAGAUAGUGCAAACCACUCCAACGUCUAGCAGCGUAACCGGAAGCCCGAAAUUGCCCAGGCAUCAGAAAGUGCGCGACCUGGAGGGCUCUCGAACGCCCAGUCCCUCUUCCGUUUCUCGAAAAAGCAGCUUCGCGUCCCUGUUCAAGGCUCGUACAGACAGCAGUGUGUUAAGCCCAGAAUCACCGUCGCCCAACGCGAAACCACGGCGUAGCCUGACCUCGAAGAUAAAGGACACCACGGAGAGCUUGCGCAGCAGGUCGAAGUCCCGCGAGAGGGUUUCCGCGGACAGCAGUAGAGCGUCCAGUUUGAAAAAGGACUCGAAGAACAAGGGUGUGUUCUCGUCGACGUUGAGUCUGUUCAAGAAACGCGAAAGAAAGAAGAGCUACGACGAGGCGAUCGCAGCCGCCAGCGGGACCAUCGAUCUGGCCGACUCUGGCGAGCAUCCGUCCCUGGAGAGCAUCGGUAACGUGGAGUUCCGGUUCAACGCCGACAAAGAGAGCCGCCAGGACGACUCCAUCUUCAUAAGCCUCCACGCGGACGACAGGAACUACGAGGAGGCUCUGCCAUCGGAGAGCGUCUCGAUCCCGUUGGAAACGCCGACGAAGCUGCUAGACGAAUACGAAUCGGAGCCUUGCACCGGGAGCAUAGUCACGGAGGUCUCGAUCGAGCAUCACCCAGUCCCGUCGAAGAUCAAAACCGAGGCUCAGAUCGAGACCACCUCCAGAGCCUACUCGCGGGACAGCCAGAUCUCGCAAAGCCUGUCGAAGGAAUCGGAGAUUUCGAAGAGUUCCUCGAAGGACUCGAAGCUCGGUGGUCACGGUAGGGUAGCCGAGGGCUCCGUCAGGCCUUCGUCCUCGUCGUCUCUCGACAGCAAGCCUCCGGAGCACAGAGUAUCCAGCAGCUCCUCGAAAGAUUCGAUCGGGAAAAAGGAAGUGACGAAACCGAAGAGGAAGAGCAAAGAAGUGCAACAGAUAGAGCCACCGGAGAGAAUAGACGAGGAUGGACAGCGACAGAGGCAGACCAAGGAACAGGCUCAGAAUCGAGACAUCAGGAAGUCCGAGUUACUGGACGACGGGCUCAGGCCCGAGGACGGUCUCGCAAAAGCGCCUAGCGUGAUCUCCGAUCUGGAUCACAACAGCUCGGAGUCGGAGAGGGACUCCGAGAUCGAGUUCAUCAGGAACAAGGUCGAGAAACUCGCCCAGGAGUUGCCCGACGAGAGGAAGGGCCUGUUCUACGAGGAGAGCUUCGAGGAGGAUCUUCCCUACGUACCAACGACUUUACCCUUAGAGAAAAGCGUGGCUAUGCCGAUCCUGCCUGUGAAACAACGACUUCAGGAAGUAAGAACGAUACCCACCGAGAGGCCGCGGUCCACGACACCCAUAAAUCCCACCCUCCUCGACGAGUUCGUGAUGCAGACGUCCCUGGACGAGCGUCGCAUCGAGAAGAUGAAGAUAUCCCUGCCGCGCGAGGACAGCCGAAAACUGAAGAGCCCGCGGAAGCACGCGGCGAACACCUUCUCGGAGUUCGCGGGCAAAGUGCCCGACGGGGGUCGAAAGGGCGCGGGGAAGUCUCCGAGUCCUCCGCCACUGCCACCGAGGGCCCCGGCCAGGCCAACCAACUGGAUCAACUUUGAGGAGAUCCCGGAGAAGAGGAAAGCACCGAAGAAGAUCCAGACCAUCCCGAAGGCCGAUGACGAACCGAAGUCCGGCGGGUACAGCUACGUGCAACCAGAAGAAUGCAGUUUAGCGCGCACUACAAGUCUGCAAAGUUAUCGAACCACCUUUCAAAAACACCCCGCAUACACGUAUGCUCUUACGGCGAUCAACAGGUGCGAGUGCCACGAGGAGUCGCGAAGGGCGACGAUGAGAGAGGCAGCCGCGACGACGAGAACGUCAUCCUCUUGCAGCAGCAACGGCGAGCGAUCGUGCAACGGUGACAAUUGCACGGUGCCGGGUACGGGUUCCGUGGAUCGUGCCAGCAUCGUCAGUGACAGCUCGCUGGAGUGUAGCCUGAGCAUCGAGGAGGGCACGCAAACCCUUCUCGCAGACUCCUCGUCGAAACCGUUCGGCAUGGACCUCGACGUCCGGUCGAACAGGUCCAGCAUCGUGUCGCAGGACGAGUCCGACGAGAUCCAGCACCAAUAAUAGUUUCACGGCACGCCUCCUCGCCUUAUUCUCCUUACCGGAUUCUCCUCCUCGUUCGAAUUACCCUCACAGAAUUCUCGUUGCUCCCUCUAGUGGUGUUCAGUGUUGCUGGACAACGAACGAACUCCGCUCUUCUUUGCGCCCCGCGAUGUUUUCUUUCUCUAAAGCAGUGUUUCGUACCGACGGUAUUGGGGAGCGUACGUCAGUGGCGGGUCUAAUGCGAAGCUCACGGAGUUUAGUCUGCAAACGGUGUCCAUCGGUGUGGGAGGUAUUGAAAAGGUAAAGUCAUUUGUGUGCUCUGCAGCGCGUGUUAUCACUGAGAAUUUAUCAGUGAGACCAUGUGACGGUAUAUGGGGCAUUCGUUUCAUCCUGGAGGAAAGGCAUCGAAAGUAGUAUCGUUGGUGUCCCCAGACUCCCUCCAUUGCACACGUAGCAGAACACCGUGGAGGUUUUAGGUCUUUCGAAGAUCUCCCUCACGAAAAAAAAAAUAUUCAUGACAACCUACUACCAUGAUAUAAUAGCUCACAGAUACUACACUUGACGCAAGUUAGGUGAAACACCCUGUAUACCAUCGUCACGCUGCGACGAAUGAUGGUAGAGAAUUUCAGUGGACUCAUAAGUCUUAAAGGGGCACUGAUCCAUUGCAUUUUAGAGAGGUAAAACCUAAAUAAUAUUUUAGGUUUCAAGACGCCGUUUAAGGAUUAAACUUCGCGGAAGGUUUAGGAUGACCCCCCUGAGACCUGGUAAUAAGUAUAAACAAAAAUGAUUAGUGACUUCUUUAUUAGAGUCCUCUUAUAAAUCUAUUCGAUAAUAUAGAAAUAAUUACUAAUUUUGAUGGUAUCUUUCUAGUGUCUUGCGUUGUUGUUCCAAUAUUUGAAAUUCAAAGUAAACGCUUUUGUGUUGAUUUCGUUAACGAUUUUGAACGAUGCUAAGUAACAAUAUAGGAAAUAUAUGUGGUUGAUAAAUAAAUACAGUAUUCGCGAACAAUGUGUUUAGAAGGAUGACACGGAAAGAGUAGCUCGAGGUCCUCGGAAAUAUAUCUAGAUCCGUCACUGAUGACUAUACACACUUUCAAGUUUGGUGAUCGAGCAGAUCACUGUGGCUCGUCCUUUCAACGUGGUAUAGCCGAUGGUUACAUUCUAUCCUCUUUCUUUUAUAAACUAGAUGCCAAAAAAUUUAUGUUCUGUUACGGCAUAAUGAUCAAACAAAAAGAAACGAAUGUAAGUGUGACAAGUAUACCAAGGAGUAGGGAUCGAUGAAGACGGAGUUGUUUGUUGUUCAGCUCGCACAAAGGAGUGUCAUAUAGGAUCCAGUGAUGCCAAGUAUGCUUCCCAUUCGUACAUACGCGUCGGUCACACCUGAGUGCGCAAUACCGUAGCUGUAGGAAACGAUGCGUGGUUCCAAUUCUUUUGUAAUUCUAUUUUUCUUUGAGGUGACGAAGGGUACCAGUUUCACGAACGUAUUAAAUACUUUAUUAGCGCUUCAGACGCUGCAGUGGGAAACAUUUCUGGGAUCACUGUAUAGGUCACGUAUGCCACGCGAGAUCUGUAAUUUUUCUCGUCUUUUCUCAUCGUUGGCAGCAAUGGUAAGCAGUCGUUUGUGUUUUCCUGAAAUCUCGACUAAUUAAAAUAAAACCGUCAUUACCAACGUAACGAAUGAGCGGAACAGUCGAAAUAAUUUUCACGAGUGGAGGGAGCUUCGCAACUGCAGCUUCUAAAGACCCUCUAAAAAAUUUACGAGAUAACGUUGGGUCGUGCCAUUUUUCAGCCAUUUCCACGAAAUUCGAUUUGAAAAGCAUAUGAAUGUUUUAGUGCUCGAAUAUAUUUAAUGCUAGAAAUUUCAGCCAGAUUUUUCGACUAAAAUUUGAAAAAGUCACAACUCUCACUGGGAUAAAUGGGUUUGAAUGAUUAGUACGAUAAACUGCGUGCCGUUGGGUGAAGAAUUUUUAAAAAAUAUGAAACUCUCCAAAGAGUCUAUUUUUUAGAACUUUUGGUCGGAAAAAUGUACAAAAAGUUGCCCAAUCUUUACAAAUUCGUAGCUCAUUCAAUAACGAAUAUGUUGGAUUGAAACUUCUUUUCAUUGUAGAUCUCAUGGAACCCUACAACAAACAUACAGAAAGCUUUUCCCUAAAGUGAAAGCCAAAUUUUUGAAAAAUGAAAGAUUGAUUUUUUUAAGAAUUCGUUAGGAUACCAAUUGCCGAAUUUUCCUCGUUAGCUGAAAAAUGACGACAUCCAAUCGUAAUCGAGCAACGUUCUUUCGUGACUCGUACCAGAGGAUUUCCACAGUUUCAUGAAAACGCGAACGACACGGACGGUCCGUUACCUUUUCGCUAGUCGUCUAUCAAACACUUGUAAAUACAUACCUUGUAAUAGUCGAAUAUCGGCAUUCUCGCGUGAUUUUAUUCUAAGGGCGUACCAUACCUUCCUACGAGAACCCCCGUUCGUUUCCUCGUUACUUAGAGUCUCGCGUUACCUAUAACGGACAAAAGCAUGCCUGUUGGUAUGCGUACGUUGACCAAAUGCUUCCUUACGAUAGCGAACGUAAUCAUGUGAUUUCGCACGGGUUUCGAUCGCGGACGGUGGCUCGUGGCCAACGCUAUCGUCGACGCUUCAUAUCAUGUAGAUAGACCUAGGUCUGUAAGUGUUUCCGCCGCGGUAUAGAGGGAUACAAAAGCGAGGAGAAAUUUAUCAAAUUGUUGAAACCGAGCGAUUGAUAUCGGUGUACCAUCGCUCGGACGUUCCAGCCAGGCUGUAACAUAAACGGUUAGAAAGAAACGGAAAGGAGACGAUGUUUCGAGUACUGUACCGAGCUGGAAAGAAGGCUAGCGGGAGGAAUCGGAAUAGGGAUUGGCAGCAUGGCGAUAGUCACGCCUCUCUACGCGUCGUUGUAGCAUAUUAUUUUUCGAAAUGGUCGUAUUUAAAUAACAAAGAAAAGAAAUACACGCGUAGAAACAAAGUAAAAUGAUGCGAAGCGAACAGUGUCAACGCGUAAAACGAAUUAUUGAAUAUAGGGGGCAAUAGGGGGGCUACGAGAACGUGAACGGUGGCUAAUCUGCUUUCCAGCUCGAUAUAGUAUAUCGAUCGAAUCGCUUCCGUAUCUGUUGAAAGUGUAAGGCUAGCAAAGAAUUAUCAUUGAGAGAACGUGGAUAAAAACGAAUGCAAACGGUAUGGAACAGAUUGUUCGCAAACAUUGUUCACGCGUUUCUAGAUAGAUUGUUCUAUCGGUAAGGGUAAUGUGUAAAUGAGUACGUGCACGUGUGUGUGUGUGUAUGUGUGGAGAGGUGUGUUCACAGCACCCUGUGGUGCACUUCAUAUCCAUGGAAUUCGCAUUUUUUCCUAACGAUUUAGCAUUUCUCUUUGUUCUCUCCCGAGGACCAUCUCAGUCUUUGUCGGAAACGAGCCACCGUUCGACAAACGUUAGAGGACGACGAAAAACGAAACGUGGAAGUGUCGGUUAGUUAGCGAGCUUAGGCGUACAAGAAUGAAUCAAACGACCACGAAUUAUCAGAAUCAUUGUUAUUUUGCGCGUCGUUGAAAGGUAGAUGCGACACCACAUCGCUAUCCGAAUUGUCUUUCAACGUAAUGGUGAACCUCGGUUGCCCAACAGUUUCGAAUCAUUAUCGUUUCAUUUCUAUGAUUUCGAUGAUACAGGCGGCAAACCCUCGAGUGGCAAAGAAAGGACUACGCGAAACAAGAAACUUGCUUUUCGACUCGUUUCCAAAACAUUUCCAACCUUUUUCCUCCCACACCCUCCCUUUGAAGAGAAAUAUUCUGCUUUGUGGAAGUCGAAUCGAAGAAAGUACAAGAUAGUAGAGGUAAUCGUAUAAUUAUCAGAUGCUCGGCGAUCGAUAGGGAAAAUUUUCAUUUAGCUGUGCAAACGGGUAACGAUAAUUAGCUUCACGGUUUAGAGCAGGCAUGCCCAACGCGUUGCUCGCGCAAGCCAUGAUACAUCGGGAUAGGUAAUCGCCGACGUCCACGAAGCCACGGCUCUGUGGACACAAGCCACUCCUCCGCGUGUAACAUCCCAUUGAUGAAGUACGUAACGAAUGAACACAACGUGUUUUAGAAUUUCCUAACGCAUUCGUAAAGUAAAUAACAUAGAAUGAAUGCAAUGAAACAAAAGCAUUCGAAAGGUAAUGUAAUGGACGCUUCCAAACUGUCAGUUCGAAAUUUUUAAACCCAGCAUUUUAUAUAUAAUAUAUAUGUAUAUUCAACCAUGAUCACUAAGUUACUUGCUUGAUUUUAUUCACUCAUACGAGUCGUCGGUAUCAUUGUAAAUAUCAGAUAGAACAUCGGCAUAUACACUCUAGUUACUCCUAGAUAUUUUCAUUCUAGUAUAUUUUAGAAUUGUAAAUUUGUACGAAUUGAAAAUCGUGUUAACGUUAUGUGAAUUUGUAUCCGUGGACUAAAUACUGUUUUACGAAAGUGUUGCACUAAGGCUCGGGUCACUUUCCUACACCGAUCGACUGUUGUAAGUCGAGACGAGACUAAGGGGAUGCUAGGAAUAUUCUUAUAAAAAUAUAGACACAGGUAGCAUACCGAAUGCACGAUGUGAGAUUUAACCUAGUACAAGUGUAUAAAUGAAGGGGGUGAUAUAACGGGUAGAAUUGUCAAAUCAUUCAUAUGUACACCUGGUGCAAGAAUCUUGACCAUGUACUCGUUGUUCGUUUGCAUUUGUGCGUAAAUUGAGCGAGUAAAAACGUAUAUUAAGCUGGCGUAGCCAUUUUAAAAGGCCAAUGUCAAAUAUACACGAUAUUUUUUUGCUAUUUAUUUGCUAAUUAUUUGCCAUAGAAUUAAUUUUUUUGCUCCAGCCGUUUUCGAGAAACAAUGGCUAUGCUAGCGUAAUGUUGAACUAGCGUAGCCACUUAUGUAUCUCUGUACCUAACAGGGAUAUCGAUUCCAUUCUUGCAGCAUAUUUUUUUGCUAAUUAUUUGCUCUUAAUUCACCGAAUAUUAAUUUUUUUUGCUGCAGUCAUUUCGGAGAAACGAUGACCGCGCUAGGACAGCGUUAAUCUAGCAUAACUAAGUGUCGCAGCUCCGUACCUAACAAAGAUAUCGAUACAUUAGUACGUAGUCGCGACACUUAGUUAUGCUAGAUUAACGCUCUCCUAGCGCGGUCAUCGUUUCUCCGAAAUGACUGCAGCAAAAAAAAAUUAAUAUUCGGUGAAUUAAGAGCAAAUAAUUAGCAAAAAAAUAUGCUGCAAGCUUGGAAUUGAUAUCCCUGUUAGGUACAGAGAUACAUAAGUGGCUACGCUAGCUCAACAUUACGCUAGCAUAGCCAUUGUUUCUCGAAAACGGCUGGAGCAAAAAAAAUUAAUUCUAUGGCAAAUAAUUAACAAAUAAGUAGCAAAAAAAUAUCGUGUUAAUUUGGAAUUGGCUUUUUGAAAUGGCUACGCCAGCUUAAUAUACGUUGAGUAAAAAUCCUGGUAAAGAUCUCACAACCAGUGGCGGGAGCGAUCGAGAAUCUCACGCGCAUCAGCCUUGCGCAUCGCGCGCCUGGGAAGGGGACUUCCCCCACUACGCCAGCAACGCUCCGCGUGCCUGCGGCGCGGGGCAGUAGUGCUUCGGAUCUCGUGGGUGAAUGUGAAGUCACGUGUUUGCAAACUUUCGAGCAAGUGAAUUUUUGGUGUACUUCAAAGACUGGCGGGUUGUUAUCGAGGUCGAGAGUGAUACAAUAGGAACUAUUACAUCACAUUCUGCUAACAAGGAACGUCACCCAAUAUGAACACACUGAUCUUAAUCAAAGCUUGGUACAAGGGUAAAGCAUCGAAAAAUAUUUAUACGCUUAUUUUUGUUAUAUUAGAAAUAUUUUAUUUGCAACUUCGAGGGUAGUUUUCACCUCUUGAAUACGAAUAUCUAUGAAUAUCUCUGUCUAUGUACCAAGUUUGAUCAAAAUCAACGUGUUGGAAAUGGGUGGUAUUUCUUGAAAGGAAAAUGUGAAAAAAUUGUAUGAGGCAUUACUGCAGCGUGGACACGUGUUCUUUCACUUGGUGUACAGAGUCAAUAUGCCAAGCGUACAACGCUGCAUUCACAUUGCUUCGAAUGAACCCUUCCUGUCGUGUCUUGCUGGGAACAGUUGGGCAUGCCUGGCUUAGAGUAAUUGGCCAGCGAUAAUGGUUGCAAUUCCCAACGACGAUAAUGGCAUGGCUCCUCGUGAUUAAGUAAUGGUCUUAUUAAUGUCAAGAGCAAUCUUCAUCGCGUGCAGUGGACGAUUCCGUCAGGCUUAGGGCUCUUUCGCGCGUCUCCCUCGCCGUUAAUCGACGGCUGACCUCAACCCCUACACGGGUUAAAAGGGUAAGCCCUCCUGGACGCGUGGAAGUCAUAGGUAUAUUCAAUAAUUUUUUUCUGAAACAAUUGAGUCAACUAAUUCAAAUAUUUAAAACAAAAUAUUAUUUAAUACAGCUGCAAUUGUCACGCGUCCAAGGUGGCUUCUUCGUUUAAUUAGGUUUGCCGAUAAAACGCGAAUCAGCGAGACUAUCCGUGGCUCAAUCGUUGGAAUUAGCUUCGUCGGUGCUCUGGAAAUGUAAUUCCCUUAAAAGAGUAAACCAUUGAAGUCUUUGGGGAGCGAGAACCGCGUUCCUGGAUCGUUCGAAGUUCGCGUGGAUCGUAGUUUGCAACGCGUCGUAAUGAUUUCUGCUCAAGAACGUUGGGUUUCGUCAACGUCGUCGUUUUCGCGACAGCGCCAGCUGCGUGUAUAUUUAUAUUCUGUGUUCGAAAUGGUGGAAUUAUUUAGUUCUGCUCUUUAAGCCGAUCGUUGCUCAGAUUACCGAAGGAUCGCGAGGACGAAAGUACUGUCUACAAUUUUUUGCGAUCGCGAGACUAUCGAUUUUCUGUCGGUGCACAGGAGUUCAUCGCGGUAUCUCUCAUAUACAGUGCCGUCUUAAGUUAUGCAAAAUUAUUCAAAAUUAGACACAUUUGUGGCGACACUGAUCCCUAAAAUUUGUCAUUGUCUAUGUCGACGUUCCUUCGACAAAAUUCUCGAUCGCAGCUUUUCGGAUUCUUUCUUUUUCGUAAUCUGCGAUACUUGAACAAAGUCAAUUUAAUUAGAUCAGUUAAGACGUCCCUGUGCAUACGCGUCUAGGAAUUGAGUAAUUGUUCUGCUUCCGCCUCUUCAUAUCAUUUUCCCCUUGGGCAAAGAGACCCUACUAGGCUAGUGCAGAGAUAAAUCAAGGAAUCACCAAGUGCUAACCGCGCGAUCAGCAGCUGGUUCAUUGGGAUUCAUCGAGUGAUAUCGAUGAGUUGUGUUUUUUUUCUUGGGCGUUGGUGUUUAGCUCAGUCUCUUUACGGGACGUUGGAAAAAUUCGAAUGCGCGGAAUCGGGACACGUGACUUCUGGAGAUCGUCUGUCUGACGCAGACGAUACUUGUAUUCUCCGAAGAAGGUCCUCGUCGAGAGAUUAGACGCCCAGACGAAGGCAAAAGGAAGGGAAAAAAGGGGGAAGCAGUUUUCGAAAGUAAACUCCUCGAAUUCGUAAAAAUAUUCCUCCCUGUCCGCCCCAUCCAGCCUCCCCUAGCGUCCACGAUUAUUUUCUAAGAACGCUCGAUCGCUAAGAGGAGUCUAAAGAAUAUUUAAAUGUUUCUAAUGUUGUGUAAAUAAACAAGAAAGCCGAGAGUGCAUAUCGCGAAAACGCUGUGAGAAACGGUGUGAGAGGGAGGGAGUGAAGUGGAGAGAGAAUAAAAAUGUUUGUGUUUUGACAGGUGGCUCAAUCAUUUCGUAAUUGUGUUCCUGUAGAUUCUAGAACGCCGAGGAAUGUUGUAACGAACCAUGGGGACUCGUUCGCGGGUCGAGAACUGUGACGUAUCGUUGGUCAUCUUUUUUGUUUUUAUUAUUCGGAUUUAAAAGAAUCUUCCAACUUGUCACCUGGAGCACAGUUCCCGACGCGUGGCUUCGUCGAGGAACCAGGAAUCCCACACGCAAUUGUUUAUCGUUGUACGUUGUAGGUAACAGCGACGUAAAAUUGACGCUUCGUGGCCACGAAAAGAAAGGUCGGAGGAAAGACGGAAGGAAGAGCCAAAACGGUGGGAGGCGAUUCAUUGUUGAUAUGUAGAAUGUAUUAGGUUUACUGAAAAGUUCCGUUCGCACUCUCGGAUCGCAAAAUGGUAAAGGACUUUUCGAUUUCUAAUCAUGUGAAGUUUGAUCCUAAAAAAGCGCCUACAUAUUAAUUAACAUCCUGUAGAUAGGAUAGCCAGACUUUCGUACUACAACUAGAAAGAGAAAGAAAACCGCGAUGCCCUAUCUGUCUCUCUAUCGUUUUGCCCUCAGGGGCUCUAGCUAUGUUUGAUUCGUGAAGACUGUACGAGGAGAUCCAACUCCAUACGAAAGUUACUAGAAAACUGUUAGCAAAAUCCCGAGCUUUAAGUUAUGAAUAUCUCCUCUACUUGGGGCGCUAGGGCGCAUGGACUACGAUAUAUAUAUAUAUGUCAUAUAUAUAUAUGAUAAUACAUACACAUAGGACAUAUAUAUACAUAUAUAUAUCAUAUACAAUAUGAUGAUAAUACAUACACAUAUGACAUAUAUAUCGUAAUCUGUGCACACUUGCGUUGUAAGUGGUAGAAAUAUUCAUAACUUAAAGCUCGGGAUUUUGAUAACACUUCUACACUACACAGUUGGAACUCCUUGUACAGUCUUCGUGGUUUGAUUAUAGCUACAGUACGGGCUUAGCAACCCCGAGGUACCCGAGCUAUAGGUGGGCCAAUGGGCCUCAACAAAUUGCUGACGUCCCUACAUCCCUUGAGGAUCAACUUCUAAUAUCAAUUCACGUGCAGAUUGGUAGCAAAUUUGCAACGUUGCGAAAUGAUAAAUAGAAAUUGAGAUAUACAAAAGUUAGGUGGACGGAACUUUUCAGCUGACUUGUCAAUGAAAGAAAAUCACCUGAAAAAUGAAACGAAAAACGCGAAGCAUGACAAAAGAAAUCGUAAGAGAGGAAUUUCGUAGAGAAGCCUCGUCUCGUGGACGGCUCUAAGCCUGUUAUUUUCUGAGGAGCAGCAUUCAUUAUUCCUAUAGAGUCUAUUCUUCUAAAUAAUCUUUCAGCUGAGUUUCCGUGUUGACCACCGGAAGUGGCAUUCGGUCUGUACACACGUUUAAACGCGAAAGAAAUUUAAAAAAAAAAAGUAAAUAAAUAAAAGAAAUGAAGAUUUUUCGCUGUAUAUAUAUAUAUGUUUAUUCUCAAAGAAAUUAUACAGCUAUUACGUAACUACAUUAAAAAGAGAACACAAAAUAAAUAUAUAUAUAUAAGACGAAGCGAAAGGAGAGUGUGUACUAAGAGAACAACGUAUGCUAUAUAUACGAUACUUCGAAGCACAUCCGUUUAAGGAAUUGUUAAAGAAAAAAAUGAUUCAAUAAAUAUUAUGUCUUAACCCAUUUGCAUCACAGCUCUGAAUACGCUACUAGACGUAUUCGUCCAAGAUGUUGUAUCGGGUAGUUUUCGUUUAUCAUUGAUUUUACUUAGAAAUUACGUGUAAUAAUUGAAAUUAUUAUACGUUUGUACAGCUAGAGCUAUUUUCGCUAUCGGCGUUUCAGAGAACGUUUUAGAUCCUGGUGAAUUUUGGAAACCUUGGUAAAAAGAUGCUCAUAUCCUCCCAUCGACAGAUACCAUAGUGGCCCUAGUGGACAUUUUAAAUAGAAUAGGACAGCAAGAAGAAGAAAAAGUUUCUCUUAUUAUUUUAUUAGUAUUAUUCCGCAUUUGGUGAUAGCUCGACUGCGAAUUUUUAUGUAUUUAUAACAAGUUGAAAUGCGAACAAAUUUAUGAGACACAAAUGCAAAAAUAUGUAAAAUAUCAACGGUAAAAUACAUAUUACACUGUUUAGAAGGUACAACAUACUUUCGUUUUGGUCUCGAUUCUUCAUCUAAGUAAGUACGAAUUUGCAUGAACAUCCGCAGUCUGGUGAUAGGAGACAAUGGCCUGGUGCGGAUUAUUUCGCUUACGGAUGCAAAUGGGUUAGGUCUGUCUCUUUUAAUACGAUGUAAAAGCGGCGAUCCCACGGGAUAGGAUGGUUAAUGGGAAUGCGAAGCAACUUUCACCACCCUUUUUUCGACUACUAUCGUGUAUCAAUCAUCAUGUACCAAUUGGUUUUAUUUAAUAUACUGAUUGUUAAGCCUUUC